AUCUCAGCUUCUGAACCUUUUUUCUUUCGUGCCCUAGCAUUCUGCUUAGCCACACACAGCCUGUCGACCUUUUCAGCAUUACUAGUUUACUACCUUUUCUUAUCUUUCGGUUGGCUCCUGCUGUUUCUAAAAAGGGAUGUUGUUUGCUUCAUAAGUAUGAGAAAGAGCACCUGGCUGCUACAUCCUACUCCAAACUGCCUUCCUCAGAAGUCUCUCAUAGUUAGGACCUUCACUGCUGACAAGUGAAAUGAGUCAUGGGUGCUGAGGAGAGAUUUGUGAAAGCUUCGUCCCAUACUGUGCCCUUGCAAAUAUAUGGAGGUUCCAAGUGUUCAUGACCUGUAACCGAAGGGGAGGGAAAAUGCAAGGCAAGCAGCUGGAACAUGAGUUGCAAGCUUUCAGGGAUGGCUACUGAUUUAUUUGGCCUUCAUAGAAUCCUCUCUUCAUUGUUGGAGAUAGAGGGAACAAGAACCACUAGAGAGAUAAAAAGUAAAGAUUCUAUUCAGAAACUAGCCAAAGUAUUGCUGAAAGCUAAUUGGCAAAAGGAUUUACACCACAUCUUGGUAGAGCCAAUGGAGAAAUCCAAACAAGACAGCAGGGAAUCAGUUCGGAGAACAAUCAUGGAGCAUGAUGAAGUCUUCAGACAGCAGGUGCAUGAACUGCAUCGACUAUAUCGUGUACAAAAAUCAUUGAUGGCUGAACUAGGAGGUGAGAAGCACAGGUUUCAAUCAAGGACAGGAGAAACUCAAGAAAUGAUGCAAGGGCCCCUGUCAAACCUCAAGAAUAGCCCCUCUACAUCAGAGACAACCCAAUCUGCUCAUCUUGGUAGCACACAACACUGUGCUCCAGAGCAAGUUCCUGAGCAUUCAAUUCUUCAAGAAUACAAACCAGCAACAUGCCUAAACUUCUUCACUGAAGAAACCUCAAGAACACAAGAAUUUAGACGAGAAGGUGGUAGAUCAACUGGAGGUGAAAAUUGGAGUGCUUCUGACCCUUCCGUAGAGAAUGAUCUUGACCUCAAACUAACAAUUGGCCCCAGUUUGCAUGCAACAAAAGCACCACACUGGCUCUUCUCAGGAAGCAGGGAAAGAAAUCCUUCUGGUCAGCAUCGAUGACAAAAAGCUGGCAUUGUAGAACAGUUAGUUGGAUGACAAAAAAAGAGAGGAAGCAGAAGCCUCCUAGUCCUAGCAAUGGAAGGCAACACUUCCAAGAUAUAUCAUCAAUGCAACCUAGCCUCCAAAUUUUGAUCAGAGUUAAGCCUCGAUCAUGAGUGAUCUGUGUGCAAACCAUAGAGUGUAGCAGAACUAGGAUUUGCUAGGAGCACAUUAUUGUAAUGUCAUGAUGAGCUUUACCAACGAUUUGGCUCUUGUUUGUCCUCUCUUCAAUUCAGACAGGAAGAGAACAAACAUUACUGAGGAAGUAUCAAAUUUGAAAAGAGCAAAAUAGUUCCUGACUUCAGUCUUCCUGAUGCAGUUGUUAUAUCAGUCGUCAUAUCGGUCUUCCAUGAUUGGUUAUUUCUUAUUUACAUUUCUUUGUCUGCAUAUCCAUGUACUCAGGUAAUUCUUCAAAAUGAAUAUGACUUUUUGGCGAUCAAA